AUGGCUUCGCAUAACUCUAGUUCCACUACUGAGGCGAGACUUGCGGCCGUGGAGAAGCUAGCACAACGAGCCUACGGUCGAGGUGAGGUCGAGAAUGUGUUCAGCAAGUAUAUGCAUCUUCACAAUGUAUUCCAGGACGAACAGAUCAAGGCUCUGUGGGUCAAGCGAGGCACCCCUGGGAUCCACGCACAGUACACCAAUGUCGGAGUUGACACGGACUACGAUAGCAUUAUGGCCUACCACAGCGGCCGACCGUCACCUCCCGGAAAACUUAUUCUAUACGAGACAACCACCCCGUUGAUCGAAGUUGCAGAUGAUGGUGAAACUGCGAAGGGGUUUUGGUUAAUGGCUGGAGUUGAAAGUGGCUUGGCUGACCCCAAGAACGUGGGGACCAUGCCAGAAUUUCUCUACGAGCCUGAAGAUAAGAACGUUGAAGGCAAAAGAGUUUGGACUCACUGGAAGAACCAGCUGGGCUCUGAUAAGGUAAAGAAUUCACUAUUCGUUCAUUUGUACUUGACGGGAUCUGAUAGCGACCAGGACCUUGCGUACUUUGGAAAUGACGGCAAAGCUGUCUUUAUGCCGACGCCGGAUGCCGAGCCAGAAAAGCUACAGACUACAUGGAAGUUUGACUCAUGCGCCCUGCAAGAUAACACCCAGUCUAGCUUCGUCAGCACUGGCGGAAUGCCAUCGUGGCUUCACGCGGAGCCAAUAGAUAGCCUUGGAGCUAUCUCCCCAGGCGCGCCGAUCCUUCGGCUUCCAACCAAGGCCAGGCAGAUUUUCAAGCCACCAGGAUGUUUCAUGCAGUCUGAUGCGUGGUGGUCUCUCGGCAUGUCGGUCAAUACUUUCAGGAUUGUCUUCUUUCAAUCGAAUCCGCACACGUUCAACAAGUGGCUUUAUUCUCUGAUUUGCUUCGGAGGACCAUUCAUAUCAGGGUUCACCCUGUUUUUCAUCUCGACCCCAGCGCGUGGUCCUGUCUAUGGAGCAACAACUAUGACAGAAACAAAUACCGACAGCGAUGUGCAAGGAGCCAAAGACAUACCCGGUACUGCCGUGUCUAAUUCUCCGAAAUUAGCAUCCAAAGCCACGACCGUGGAGCCGAUUUCUGCCAGUAAAAAGCAACAAUCUUCGUCAUCGGCCACGGGCAGCACCAAGUCCAAGUUUUGGCUCAGAGACCCUGUCAAACGGGCAUACCUCUUCACAACCUUUAUGUUCACGCUGAGCGUCCUCGUUACAUGGGUACCGGCCAGCAUUACUCGUAUCCAGAGUCUACUUAACGGUGAUGUUCCAUACUCAUACCAAGUUGCCAUAGCGGCCGUCAUGCCUCUGCAAGGUCUGUGGAACGCUCUGAUCUUCUUUACAACUAGUCGGAAUGUCCUCAGGAACGUGAUAAGGGAGAAAUGGGGCCAGCGGGUAUCAAAGUCUACAAAGAUAGACAGCAGCUUGGGAGAAAGGGAACCUACCGAGCGGCUAAGGCUCAUGGUUGCCAAGAUGGAUCAAGUACACUCGCCUGAUAUAAAUGAGGACCGCCUUGGAAUCAGUAUUGCCCAAAAUGGCGACAAGGACUCAAAAGUCGAGGGCCGGGUCCCGGGUGCCUUUGUCGAUGGUAUCUAUACAGCUAAAGGCGUUGCUCAGAUGUCAUAUUUGCCGCUCUUCAACUCAUCGGGCAGUGUUGCUCCUAUGCCAACCCGUUUGCCUCUUCCCAACAAAUUAUUGGCUACAGCAAUCGCCUCAGCCCGAUAUGCAGAUGGCACUACUGACUUUUAUGCUGUUAGCGACUCUACUCUUUACCGAUGGAGUUCUAGCCAGCAGCUGCGCGACAAUACUGUAGGGACAGCUUUAUUGACCAACCCAUUGUUUUCUGGCACUGAUACUCUGAUUGCACUUAUCCACGACGGCAUCACAACCAUCUUUGGCAAGACUUCGAGCGAUGCGGUAUACUACACAUCAUGUCAGAUUAACCAUCUUGCCGACCCAACACUUUGGAGUGCCCCCGUCCCUAUCCUCCAUGGAAUUGAGCGUAUCACCUCAUUUAUCAAUCUCAGGGACGGGGGUAACAUAGUCUUUGCAGCCGGGGCCAAUAAGGUCGAGAAGCUGACACAAGCUACAAGUACAGAGUCCAAACUGUGGCGUGCCCAAUCCAUUAUGCUCGAGGCAAGUCCACAGUUGACUGUCCCUAUCGGUGUAUCCGGUCAUGUAAUCUUGAUUCAAGCGACUGACAGUAUUGUUGGGUCUGUCAUCAAUAUAAGGUUGGGUGAAGCUGAGCAUGUUGUCAACCCCACGGCCAGUUCAUUUAACAAACUCGCCAAACUCUCGAUCAAGGAGUCUUUGAGAAAUGCCCAGAUUCGCACAAAUACUGUUGCUGGUGGCGUGAUGGAAGCUCUGAGAGUGAACCGAGCUCGGACACGUCAAUUUUCACUCGGUAUGACAGCUCCUGUCACUUCAAGAAUGGUAGUAUCCCAAGGUAGUCUAGUCUCCGGGUUCGGUGACUCCAUUGCCAUAGCAAUUGGAGACUUGUUCAACUGGCUUAAGACGGGCGUUGAAAAGGAAGUGGACUUUGUCAAGAAUGCUGCCACUGGACUCUGGGACUUCAUCGUCAAAAUUGGUAACGACAUUUAUCGUGCUGUUCUUGAUACGAUCGACGCUGUCGUGGGGGCUGUUGAAUGGGUCUUUGACAAGAUUAAGACGGGGGUCAGCAAGGUUCUUCGAUAUCUUGAGUUCUUGUUUGACUGGGACGAUAUCCGCCGCACCAAACAAGUGGCACACAAGUUGGUCAAAUACUGUCUGGUUGACAUGGUAUCUGGCAUCCGAACCGCCAAAGCAGAGUUGGGCGAGUGUAUAGGCGAGGCCCAGAAAGCAGUUACUGAAUGGUCCGGUAUCAAAGACUGGUCAGGACUAGGCGAUGCAGCUUCGAAACCGCCAUCGGGACAUGAAGUCGAUACUACCAAAACCGAAACUUUUGGCUCGCAAAUGAUUGUGAGACACUUGAAGAACCAGGCUGAUAAUAUCACGAUACAAGGUUCAAUGCCAGAACCGAGUCAGGAGCAGGGUUUAGUGGAUGACAUGAUCGCAGCGUUGGAGGCAGAAGGGAUGGUCUUCCUAAAAGCCUUUGGACAGCUUCAAGACCUCGCAAAAGAUUUCUCGACUCUGAGUCUCGCAGGUAUGCUUAAAAGACUCGUUGGAAUUCUCGGUGAAGGUGUUCUUGGAACAACCAAGGUGGUCAUGGACGCUAUACUGGAUGUCUUACAUAAACUUGCUGGGACUGUUGUCGAAAUGCUCGACACCAAAAUCCACAUUCCCAUCAUAUCCGACAUACUUAAUCUGAUCGGAAUCCCAGAUAUUUCCUUCCUUGAUCUAUUGCUUUGGGUCGGUGCAGCAGGCAUCACAAUGGUAUACAAGAUUGGCACAGGCGAAACUCCAUUCCCAGACAAUGCCACGACCCUUGCAUUAAUUAAGGCCUCAGAUUGGGCCUCAUUCUCAGCAGUCGUCAAGCAGCCGCCUCGGCUAUUAUCCGAUGAGGUAGACGGCGGUACUUCUCACCUGAGUGUAUCGCGUGAGACAGGGCGUAUCAUCUAUAUCGUGGGCCACCGCAUUGCUGGUUAUAUCCUCACGGCAGGAAUAUGGGUCUUCUUACCCGAAGCUAUAGAUCCUGACCCUAAGAACUCACGUCGUAUACCCUCAGCUAUACUUGGUGCAUGCCUAUUGAGAGCCCAUUCAUUUCUACCCUUCGCAAUCACCGUUGUUGUUACUGUUGUUUUAAAGUCUGUAUUCUCUAGCCCGGCUCAGAGGUUCUUUGACAGGUACCAAUCUCUGAAUGCCCUUACAGCUGCCGACCCUAGAAAGAUCGGGGCCAUAUUCGACAUGGCUGUUGUGGCACCUGCCGCCUUCUGUAUAUUCUAUCACUUCCAGGAGUUCAGUGAGAAGCCUGAAAGUAGAGAUAGGACACUCGUCAUCAUGGAGGAGUCAUCUCGUUUGUUGACUUGCUUUGCGCGGGUGUUUUAUACCGUUGCUGUCAACACGCCUGACCCAUACACUAAGGGUGGAGCAGCCGGCUCUAUGUCAGCAUGUCACGUUUUCUCUGUUACUUUGGAGUCCAUUUGCUCUGUAAUGAUGUGGGAUUGA